ACCGCUACGCUGUACCCUCAUCUUCACUGGUAGUACGUAGUGCACGGGGAGACAUCCGGUCGAGUCGAUCGUCAUCCGCCGCAUCGCGGCUGUCGCCGCCGAGAUUGGACGUUCACUAUGGCUGCACGACCGCCUCCAUCGAGCUCGAGCUCGAGCUCGCGUCGGACCGUGGCCUCUAGCGCGCCCGUAAUAGUCGGUCAGUUCCGACGGAUGGACGAAGUUGGGAAAGGUAGCUUCGCGAGGGUCUACAGGGGCGUUCAUAUGGAACGCGGCACCGUCGUUGCAAUCAAGUCCGUCAACCUAUCCAAGUUGAGCAAGAAACUCCGAGAAAACCUCGAGGCGGAGAUUGCAAUGCUACACAGCAUGCACCACCCUCAUGUCGUCGCUCUCAUCAGGUGCGUCAAGGAGACGUUGUAUAUACAUAUCGUCACCGAGUUCUGCGAACUGGGCGAUCUAUCCCAGUUUAUCAAAUGCCGCGACACCCUCCACCAGCACGUCACCACGGCGGAGAUGAUGAAAAAAUAUCCCAACCCGCCGGUUGGCGGCCUGAACGAGGUGAUUGUCCGCCAUUUUCUAAAGCAAAUCGUCUGCGCGCUGGAGUUCCUCUAUCAUCGGAACUGCGUCCAUCGGGACAUCAAACCCCAAAACCUCCUCCUCGUCCCGUCCCCGCUCUGGUACGCGAAACACAAAUCCGAUCAGAUGCCCAUGUCGGCAAGCAAGGGCUCAUUUCUUCCCUCGGUCGGACUGGAAUCUUUGCCAGUGUUGAAAAUCGCCGAUUUCGGCUUUGCCCGAUCAUUGCCGAAAACAUCCAUGGCAGAGACGCUUUGUGGAUCGCCCCUAUACAUGGCUCCCGAGAUCCUCUCAUAUCAGCGGUACGAUGCCAAGGCUGAUCUUUGGUCGGUCGGCACUGUGAUCUAUGAGAUGAUGGUCGGCAGACCUCCAUUUCGGGCUAGCAAUCAUGUGGAUCUGUUAAAAAAGAUCCAGAAAAAUCGCGACAAUGUCGAGUAUGUCGAGGGCAUGGCGAUUAGCGAACCGGUGGACCACCUCAUCCGGGGUCUUCUCAAAUCAUCUGCCACACAGCGCAUGAGUUUUGAGCGACUGUUCGAACAUCCGGCGGUCGUGGACGAGAUCCCCAAUCUCGUAGGCGAAGAUGCUGCACAGGCAUCGAAAUCGGCCUCAAUCAGUUCACUGCAAAGACAGUCAUCGAGCUUCUCUCGAGAGGCUAGGGAACGAUCUAAGCCAGAGAGCAUCCCAUCUAGUCACCGUGCCACAUCCUCGCAAAAGCCUGCCCGACCUGCCUCCGGAACCCCAGUCAUCAACACAUCAAGGCCAUCAUCCCGGGAGGAGCGUUUUUCAACCCCUCCAACCUCCGCUAAAGAUGUCCAACUCCCCGAGAGAACUGAUCGUCGUCCGACCAUGACCGGUCACGCAACGGCACCCGCGACGGCGCCACUAGCAGCCCCGGAGCGCGAACGUGCCCCGGAGCGCGAACGUACCCCCGUAGCUGCAGCCAUGCUGAUGGAGCGCCGCAACAGCCGCGCAUCGCCGACUGCUUCCGUACUCAAGGAGCACCUUGACCGCGAACGAACCCCGAAAGGGGCCGAGGAACGGGUGGUGAGGGAAGCGCGAGACCGGGAAGCGCGUGAACGGGAAAAAGCCGCACAUGAUGUGGCGUUUGAACGUGAUUACGUGGUGGUUGACAGACGACAGCUGGAGAUCAAUGCUUUGGCGGACGAACUGAACUAUAGUCCUCACAUUCAGCGAGAUCAGCCAGGGGAAUUACGCAAGCGACAACAACCCGUGGUGAUUCGUCGGGCCACGACACAGGGACAACCCACUUCAACGACAGGUGCUGAUACAAACCCGACACGGGCCAUUGCAAUCGCAAACAAGCAAACCCCUGACCAUCCGCAAGGCAUUUCAUAUGAACGACGGUACGGUCCGAGCCCUGGCUCCGCCACCUCUACGAUUUCAAAAGCUCUGAAUAUGGCAAACAUUCGACUCCUGAAUCUAGGCAUGGGGUUCUCACCACCCGGCCGGUUAUCCCCCCCCAAAGGUUAUGCCGGUUUCCCCACAUACCCUACGGUCGGGCAGAGCAGCCUCGUAGUUGUUGGGGACGGCGGAAAGGUCGAAAGUGAGCCCAAAGAUGAAGAUGCGAAGAUUGUCUUGUACCUCGAAGAGCUCGCGUCCCGCAGCGACGUUGUAUACGGCUUUGCGGAAGUAAAGUAUCGUCAAUUGGUCCCAGCUCCGCCCUCAGAGAACCGUGGUCUCGGCCUCGGCCUUGGUGCCGGAGACCCUAAAGUCGGCGAUCAAGAGGCCAACGACACCGAUGACGAUGGCUUCACGGUCGACAUCAUCAUCACCAUCUGCGAAGAGGCUCUCGUGCUUUAUAUCAAAGCGCUCGAAAUGCUUGAGCGCGUGAUCGAUAUCGGCGGGAACUGGUGGGGAAGGCAGAAGAACACCGUACCCGGCCCUAGUUCCGAACCAUCCGGGUCGCGUCCUGGAUCGUCGUCGGAGCCACCGCCCAUGUUCAGGCGCAUCAACAAUGUCAUCCAAUGGGGUCGUGCGAGAUAUAACGAGUGUGGGGAGAAAGCGGACUUCGCCAUGCAUAAGCUAAAGGACGCGCAGAACAAGCUCCCGUUAAAUCAUCCUGGGCAUCCAAACAACCAUCCGCACGACAGCAUCAGUCGGUCCGACAUCAGCCACAACAGCGGAGUGGUCGCAUCCAUGGAGCGGGUCUUCUUAUCGACUGGGGUCACGGCCGAGAAGAUCAUGUACGAACGCGCACACGAGAUGUGCCAACAGGCAGCUGUAAAUGAUUUAAUGAACCAGGACCUGGAAGGGUGCGAUGUGUGUUAUAUGACCGCGAUCAGGAUGUUGGAGGUGGUGUUAGAGGUUGGCGAUAAUCAAGAGGCAACCGAGGCGAUUACGGGGAUCGAAAGAGAUGAUCGAUCGUCGAUCGAAAAGGUUCUCGAAUACGCCAAAUCCCGCCACAAAAACCUCCGACGCAAGUUAGAGACGCAAAAGCUGCAACGAGCCGCUGCCGAGCGAGAGGCCAAGCGCGCCUCCCUUACGACCGUUCCCAUGCAACGGCAGCGAUCCGGUGGGUCGUCCAAGAGGGGCUCGCCGGCUGCCAGCCCGAGGAUGAGCACGCCGCCGAUUGCUCGCAUGGCAACGCCCCCGAAUCCCCGGUUACCGAGUUCACCGAAAUAUUGAAUAUAUCCAACCUCGUAGGCGUAAUGCGGAGGUUCAUGGGCAUUUACCGCUCCCGGAUCCUCACCAAACA